AUGGCAGUGCUGCUGGAGACCACGGUGGGAGACCUGGUCAUUGACCUGUACACGGAGGAGCGGCCCCGCGCUUGUCUGAAUUUCCUGAAGCUCUGCAAAAUCAAAUACUACAACUAUUGUCUUAUUCAUAAUGUACAGAGGGAUUUCAUUAUACAAACUGGUGACCCCAUGGGAACAGGCCAUGGAGGGGAAUCCAUAUUUUGUCAAUUGUAUGGUGAUCAAGCCAGGUUUUUUGAGGCAGAAAAGGUACCCAGAAUUAAGCACAAGAAGAAGGGAACUGUGUCGAUGGUGAACAAUGGCAGUGAUCAGCAUGGAUCACAGUUCCUUAUUACCACAGGGGAAAACCUGGAUUACCUUGAUGGUGUACACACAGUAUUUGGAGAAGUGACAGAAGGCAUGGAUGUAUUGAUGACUAUUAAUGAAACCUUUGUUGAUAAGGAUUUUAUCCCAUAUCAAGAUAUUAGGAUAAAUCAUACAAUAAUUUUAUCUGAUCCCUUUGAUGAUCCGCCUGGCUUGUGUGUUCCUGACCGCUCACCAGAACCUAGAAAGGAACAGCUCAACAGUGGCAGAAUAGGAGCAGAGGAAGAAAUUGACAUGAGAGGACGGUCUGCAGAGGAAGUAGAAGAAGUAAUGGCAGAAAAAGAAGCAAAAUCUCGUGCAAUUCUCCUGGAAAUGGUGGGAGACUUACCAGAUGCAGACAUCAAGCCACCAGAAAAUGUGCUGUUCGUUUGUAAACUGAAUCCUGUGACCAAAGGUGAAGAUCUGGAGAUAAUAUUUUCACGGUUUGGUCCCAUUAAAAGUUGUGAAGUGAUCCGAGACUGGAAGACUGGUGAAUCUCUUUGUUAUGCUUUCAUUGAGUUUGAAAAGGAAGAAGACUGUGAGAAAGCCUACUUCAAAAUGGACAAUGUACUGAUAGAUGACAGACGCAUACAUGUGGAUUUUAGCCAGUCUGUUGCAAAGAUUAAAUGGAAGGGAAAGGGUGAGCGGUAUACCAAGCAAAGUUUUCAGGAUUAUGAUAAGGAACAUGACAAACCUUCAAAAUUUGCUGUGGAAGAAAAGGUAAAACCAAAGCAAGAUGCCAAAUAUGACCUCGUGAUGGAUGAAGAUUUAGAAGAGUGUCACACAAGUCAGUCACACUUGGCUAAAAAACAGAAGAAGAGAAAGCACCACUACUCUGAAGAUGAUGACAAGAGGAGCAAAAAAUCCAAGUAUUCUGACCAAAAGCAUGGAGAGCACUCUAGGGAGAGGAACAAGGGUGAGAAGAAAGACAGGCAUCGGAGCCGCAGGUGUUCUCAGGAGAGAGAUUACACUUACAGUAGACAAAAAGACAAGUACAGAUGA